AUGUCUUUCGACCUCGAGUGGGACCACCAGUUCUGCCUUGCCUGCGACAAGCAGACAGACGGUGCCACCUACUGCUCCGAAUCCUGCCGCCUGGCAGACUAUGAGAAGACGUCUGGCUCCAGCUCAGGUGCGAGCUCGCCGGCCCUGAGCGGACCCUCGUACCCGUGGGCUGCAUCGAACUCCAAGUUCCGCCUCACACCCGCCUACGACUUCACCAACGCCCAGCCCUACAGCGCUGUCUCCUUCCGCCAGUCGGCCGCUCCCUCUCCCCGCCUCCGAUCUUCGCUCUCGCCCUCGAGCUCCCAGAGCAGCCUCUGCUCCCUGAAGAGCAGCUCAUCAACAGCAACCGAGGCGUCACAUCUCUCGGCCAAGGCCAAGAAGGAGCUGCGAGACUACGCCAGCUCGUUCGAGCAGGCCAGACUGCAACGCCGACGCUCGUACUAG